GGGGCGGAGAGGAGGAGGGGGCUAGGCUGGAUUCUGCGCGCUCCAGGGCUGGGGGCCCCUUGAAACCGGCUAAUUGGGGCUGAAGGGGGCUGGAGCCGCACAAAGGAGGGAGCUCCGGGGCUUGGCCGGUCUGGCUGCGGGCAGGGCGCCCGGCGGCUGUCCCGGGACUCGGCUGCAGACGGCAACGCGAACUUUGCCGGGCCCAGGAGGGGCGGCUGCUCCGCGCGGCGCUCGCUCGCUUGGCCCGCCCGGGGCGCCCGAGCUCGGGAAAGGCGGCGGCACCGGCACCGGCACCGGCACCGGCACCAUGCGCCCGUCCAGCGUCCUGCACCGCCUGGCCUCGCUGCUGCUGUGGCUGAACGUGCUGGGCCGGGGCCGGGGCCAGUUCCACGGGGAGAAGGGCAUCUCCAUCCCGGACCACGGCUUCUGCCAGCCCAUCUCCAUCCCGCUCUGCACCGACAUCGCCUACAACCAGACCAUCAUGCCCAACCUGCUGGGCCACACCAACCAGGAGGACGCGGGGCUGGAGGUGCACCAGUUCUACCCGCUGGUCAAGGUGCAGUGCUCGCCCGAGCUCAAGUUCUUCCUGUGCUCCAUGUACGCGCCGGUGUGCACGGUGCUGGAGCAGGCCAUCCCGCCCUGCCGCUCCAUCUGCGAGCGGGCGCGCCAGGGCUGCGAGGCGCUCAUGAACAAGUUUGGCUUCCAGUGGCCCGAGCGCCUGCGCUGCGAGAACUUCCCCCGCCACGGCGCCGAGCAGAUCUGCGUGGGGCAGAACCACUCGGAGGACGGCGGCUCCCCGGCGCUGCUCACCAGCCCGGCGCCGCUGCCCGGCCAGGGCACCGCGGGCGCGCCGCGCUACGCCACGCCGGAGCACCCGUUCCACUGCCCGCGGGCGCUGCAGGUGCCCGGCUACCUCAACUACAAGUUCCUGGGCGAGAAGGACUGCGGGGCGCCCUGCGAGCCGGCCCGCGGCGACGGCCACAUGUUCUUCAGCCAGGAGGAGGUGCGCUUUGCCCGGCUCUGGAUCCUGGUCUGGUCCGUGCUCUGCUGCGCCUCCACCUUCUUCACCGUCACCACCUACCUGGUGGACAUGCAGCGGUUCCGCUACCCGGAGCGGCCCAUCAUCUUCCUCUCGGGCUGCUACACCAUGGUGUCGGUGGCCUACAUCGCCGGCUUCGUGCUGCAGGAGCGCGUGGUGUGCAACGAGCGCUUCCAGGAGGACGGGUACCGCACGGUGGUGCAGGGCACCAAGAAGGAGGGCUGCACCAUCCUCUUCAUGAUGCUCUACUUCUUCGGCAUGGCCAGCUCCAUCUGGUGGGUCAUCCUGUCCCUCACCUGGUUCCUGGCCGCCGGCAUGAAGUGGGGCCACGAGGCCAUCGAGGCCAACUCUCAGUACUUCCACCUGGCCGCCUGGGCCGUGCCGGCCGUCAAGACCAUCACCAUCCUGGCCCUGGGGCAGGUGGACGGGGACCUGCUCAGCGGGGUCUGCUUCGUGGGGCUGCACAGCCUGGACCCGCUGCGCGGCUUCGUGCUGGCCCCGCUCUUCGUCUACCUCUUCAUCGGCACCUCCUUCCUGCUGGCGGGCUUCGUCUCGCUCUUCCGCAUCCGCACCAUCAUGAAGCACGGCGGCACCAAGACCGAGAAGCUGGAGCGGCUCAUGGUGCGGAUCGGGGUCUUCAGCGUCCUCUACACGGUGCCCGCCACCAUCGUCAUCGCCUGCUACUUCUACGAGCAGGCUUUCCGCGAGCACUGGGAGCGCAGCUGGGUCAGCCAGCACUGCAAGAGCCUGGCCAUCCCCUGCCCGCUGCACUACGCGCCGCGCAUGGGCCCCGACUUCACCGUCUACAUGAUCAAGUACCUCAUGACCCUCAUCGUGGGCAUCACCUCGGGCUUCUGGAUCUGGUCCGGCAAGACCCUGCACUCCUGGCGCAAGUUCUACACCCGCCUCACCCACAGCCGGCACGGCGAGACCACGGUGUGAGGCGGGCCGCGGGGGAGCGGGCCGAGGGGCGGGGGCGGGAAGAGUAUUUAAAACAAACUUUUUUUAUUCGAAUCUAAACCACCUUCUGAUUUUUAGGGUUAUUAACGUCCAAGGUGCCUUGUAAUUAGACCUGUAAAUAGCAUUUGUAAAUGGAAUUAUAUAUUUCUAUUUAAAAACGAAACGAAACGAAACCCGCGGCGAUCCAGAAACUCCUGGGGAGGAGCGGCUCGGCUCGCCGCCUCUCUUCGGUACUAAAGGGUCGGGUUUUUUCCCCCUUUCUCGGCCUUGGCAAUAUCUCCCCUCUAAAUGGAGCCACAGAGACGGAUUUUCUGUUUGUGUUGGCUGUGGGGGAACGUUUUCAGCUGAACUUCCAUAAAAGCCAGACCUGUAAUCGCUUUUCCCCUGAUGUGCACAUUAUGGAAGCUGUUCUGUAUUAAAGGCAGACUUUGGUUUGUGUUUUUU